UGCCACAGAACUUGAUGAUCCAUCAUAUCAUCGCAUAGCCCCGACUUAAGAUGAAAGAAAACCACCCCGAAUUUAAGCAAUGUUUAUUAUAGCCAACUCACUUCGUGGUGCUCGAUGGAAGAGCCUAGGUCGCACAUUUCCUCGCUUUACUUUCACAUCUACCUCACUAGCUCGCGAUAUUAAAAGACCUUUGGACGAUCCGUUCGUCCGUGUACAGAUUAACGACAAAGACGACGGGGAAGAAUUUGUAUGCGACGAAGAGCCACUUGUGCUGUCGCCCGAGCAAGGCUUUGGAUAUUACCCCAUUACCUUGGGACAGCAUUUCGGAGAGGGCAAGCUCGAAAUUGUGAGAAAACUUGGAUGGGCAGGUAAUUCUAACGUGUGGCUCGCACGCACCCUGGGAAACGCAUAUCCAGCGAAAUAUGUCGCUGUCAAGGUUCUUACAGUCAAUGCGACUGCAGGUGUGGUGCAAGGAUUUCUACGUGAGGUGGACUCUCUUAAGACCAUCAAAACGGCUAAUCCUGAUUACCCCGGCCGCCAACACUGCCUUCAUCUCUACGAUAUAAUCGCUGAAAAGAGCCGCCAUGGUCCUCACAUUUGCAUCGUGACCAACGUUCUGGGGGUGAACCUGAUUGGUCUCCGUAACUUGCAACCCAGCGGGCGUGCUUUCCCUAUUCCCGUUACUAAACGUAUAGUGAAACAAACACUUCUUGCUCUAGACUAUCUUCACCGCGAGUGCGGCUUUGUACAUACAGAUGUGAAACCCGACAACGUUCUCAUAUGUGUGGACUACGAAGACGAAGCUAUAACUCGUCUCCUCGAAGAAACACCAUCUGUCGCAUACGAACCUCGUUUUGAGCUCACCUUAUCUCCUGAACCUAUCAUCACAGUAAAGUCACAGCCGCUCCCUAAUUUCGGUCUUCGGGAGGACGUGAGCAACCUCAAGAUUUGUUUGAUUGAUUAUGGUCAAGCAACGCCCGCCAACGAGCGCCGAGUAGAACUGGCUCAACCUCUUCUCCUCCGCGCGCCAGAAGUUACUCUGGGACACGAGUGGUCUACACCCAUCGACGUAUGGUCCAUGGGAUGUUUAGUUUUCGAAUACCUGACUGGUGCAGCUAUGUUUCAACUCUCAGAGUCCUCCUCCAUCAGCGUGGAAAAUCUUUGUCUCCAACGAAUUCUCGAGCAUAUCGGUCCUUUCCCACCCAGCUUUUUGGAACGAUGUCAACACCGGAGUGAUUUCUUUGACGAACAAGGAUCACUGCGCGUUCAUAAUUUGAUCCCUCAGCCGAUGGAAAGCUGUCUUCGAGCAUAUAAAGUUAUGGACGAGAAGGACAUAAUUCCUGCCGCUGCCUUUAUUCGGAAGUGUUUGACUAUUGAUCCUCACGCACGACCUACUGCCUUGGAGCUGCUAGACGACGAGUGGCUCAAGAACGCGUGAGACGGUCCUUUCUGGUAGGAUCUAAAGUUCUUGAAGGCUUAGAUGUUGCACAUUUCAAAUGACUUUUAGACGAGGUGACCUACAAGAUUACUACGUAGCCAGAGCGUGUAUCAUGACUGAAAUAUGUUGAGAACCUCUCGUUACUAUACACAUUGUCACACAGCCUUAUUUUCGCCCUUGACUACAGCAUGUUGCUCGUGCGUUUCUCAAUACAUA